AUGGAGGUGCUCAGCUCCUUGUGGAAUGUAAUGCGUCUACCACUGACCAGGGCAGGAGUGCAGGAGAGGCUGGGGAGCGGUGGAAUGGGCGGGUCGCCGACUGGUCUUGCCGAGCCGCCACGCUCUGCCACGGCUGGAGCUCCGGCUGAGAACAAGGCAGGGGCUGACAGUGAGACACUCAUGGACUCCACCACGGCCACAGCAGAGCUCGGCUGGACGGUCUACCCCGUGUCCGGGUCGAGCGACAACAGCUGGGAGGAGGUGAGUGGUUAUGAUGAAAACAUGAACACCAUCCGGACGUACCAGGUCUGCAAUGUUUUUGACAACAAUCAGAACAAUUGGGUACGGACAAAGUAUAUCCGGCGUCGGGGCGCCCAGCGGAUCCACGUGGAGAUGAAGUUCUCCGUCCGGGACUGCAGCAGCAUCCCCAACGUGCCCGGCUCCUGCAAAGAGACCUUUAACCUCUAUUACUAUGAGUCUGAUUCCGACACGGCCACCCGGACUUCCCCAGCUUGGAUGGAGAACCCCUGGACCAAGGUGGACACCAUCGCAGCCGACGAGAGCUUCUCCCAGGUGGACCUGGGCGGCAGAGUGAUGAAGAUCAACACAGAGGUCCGGAGCUUCGGCCCAGUGUCACGAAACGGCUUCUACCUGGCCUUCCAGGACUAUGGAGGCUGCAUGUCCCUCAUCGCCGUGCGGGUCUUCUACCGGAAAUGUCCCCGGAUCAUCACGAAUGGGGCGUUGUUCGGGGAGACGCUCUCGGGGGCGGAGUCCACCUCGCUGGUCGCUGCCAGAGGCGUUUGUAUCUCCAACGCAGAGGAGGUGGACGUGCCAAUUAAACUCUACUGCAACGGAGAUGGAGAGUGGAUGGUUCCCAUCGGGCGCUGCAUGUGCAAGUCUGGGAACGAAGCUGUGGAGAACGGGACAGUUUGUCGAGCUUGUCCGUCGAACUUCUUCAAGCCGACUCAAGGAGACGAGCCCUGUCUGCAGUGUCCCAUCAACAGCCGCACCACCAGCGAAGGCGCCACCAACUGCGUCUGCCGCAGCGGAUACUAUCGCACCGACGCCGACCCGCUCCAGAUGCCGUGCACGACCGUCCCUUCAUCUCCUCUGACCGUUAUCUCCAUGGUCAACGAGACCUCUGUGAUGCUGGAGUGGAUGCCUCCCAGGGACUCGGGGGGCCGCGAGGACGUGGUCUUCAACAUCAUCUGCAAGAGCUGCGGCGGCGGCCGGGGGGGCUGCACCCGCUGCGGCGACAACGUCCAGUUCCUGCCGCGGCAGCUGGGCCUGACGGAACCCCGGGUCUACAUCAGCGACCUGCUGGCCCACACGCAGUACACGUUCGAGGUGCAGGCUGUCAACGGCGUGUCGGACCAGAGCCCGCUCUCCCCCCAGUACGCCUCUGUCAACAUCACCACUAACCAGGCUGCUCCGUCUACUGUAUCAAUAAUGCACCAGGUGAGUCGCACUGUGGACAGCAUCACCCUCUCCUGGUCCCAGCCCGACCAGCCCAACGGCAUCAUCCUGGACUACGAGCUGCAGUAUUAUGAAAAGGACCAGUCAGAAUAUAACUCUUCCACUAUCAGGAGCCAGACCAACACAGUGGUCAUCCGUGGCCUCAAGCCAGGAAGCAUCUACGUCUUCCAGGUCCGGGCCCGCACCGUGGCCGGGUUCGGACGCUACAGCGGAAAACUCUACUUCCAGACCAUGACUGAGGAGGAAUACAACACCAGCAUUCAGGAGAAGCUUCCUCUCAUCAUUGGCUCGGCAGCUGCUGGUUUGGUUUUCCUCAUCGCUGUGGUCGUCAUCAUCAUCGUCUGCAACCGGAGGCGUGGCUUCGACCGGGCCGACUCGGAGUACACGGACAAGCUGCAGCACUACACCAGCGGCCACAUGACUCCAGGAAUGAAGAUUUAUAUUGAUCCGUUCACAUAUGAGGACCCCAACGAGGCCGUGAGGGAGUUCGCCAAGGAGAUUGAUAUAUCCUGCGUGAAGAUUGAACAAGUCAUCGGUGCAGGAGAGUUCGGGGAGGUGUGCAGUGGGAAUCUAAAGCUGCCGGGGAAAAGGGAAAUGUUCGUGGCCAUUAAAACUCUCAAGUCGGGCUACACGGAAAAGCAGAGGCGGGACUUCCUGAGCGAGGCCAGCAUCAUGGGCCAGUUCGACCAUCCCAACGUCAUCCACCUGGAGGGAGUGGUCACCAAGAGCAGUCCCGUCAUGAUCAUCACCGAGUUCAUGGAGAACGGAUCUCUGGACUCCUUCCUCAGGCAAAACGAUGGUCAGUUUACUGUGAUCCAGCUGGUUGGGAUGCUGCGCGGCAUCGCCUCGGGCAUGAAGUACCUCGCCGACAUGAACUACGUGCACCGUGACCUCGCCGCCCGGAACAUCCUGGUCAACAGCAACCUGGUGUGCAAGGUGUCGGACUUCGGCCUCUCGCGCUUCCUGGAGGACGACACGUCAGACCCCACCUACACCAGUGCUUUGGGUGGGAAGAUCCCGAUCCGAUGGACUGCACCUGAAGCCAUCCAGUACAGGAAGUUCACCUCGGCCAGUGACGUGUGGAGCUACGGGAUCGUCAUGUGGGAAGUCAUGUCCUACGGAGAGAGGCCUUACUGGGACAUGACCAAUCAAGAUGUCAUCAACGCCAUCGAGCAGGACUACCGACUGCCCCCCCCCAUGGACUGUCCCAGCGCGCUCCACCAGCUCAUGUUGGACUGUUGGCAGAAAGAGCGAAACAACCGGCCCAAGUUCAGCCAGAUCGUCAACAACCUGGACAAGAUGAUCCGCAACCCCAACACGCUGAAGGCCAUGACUCCGCUAUCUUCAGGUGUUCAUCUGCCUCUCCUGGACCGCAGCAUCCCCGACUUCUCCAGCUUCAGCACUGUGGACGAGUGGCUGGACGCCAUCAAGAUGGGCCAGUACAAAGACAAUUUCUCCAGUGCAGACUUCUCUACAUUUGAUGUGGUGUCUCAGAUGACCAUGGAGGACAUCCUGAGGGUCGGUGUGACACUAGCGGGCCAUCAGAAGAAGAUCCUCAACAGCGUGCAGAUGAUGCGGGCGCAGAUGAACCAGAUCCAGUCGGUGGAGGUCUGA